AUGGAGGACUUUGAUGUGAGAUGGAUCCUAAUUGACCCAGGCAGCUCGGCCGAUCUUUUACAGGCAUCAGUAAUCAAGCAGAUGGGACUCGAGCUAUCCGGCUUAGAAAAUCUUGGGCGAAUCUUGUCAGGAUUCAAUGGAGCGGCAACCACCUCCCUUGGAGAUGUUGUGCUACCAGUCCAAGCAGGCCUAGUCACUCUUAACGUACAAUUUUCAGUGGUAGAAGAUUUGUCCUCCUUUAACGCCAUCUUGGGACGCACGUGGCUGCACUACAUGACAACCAUCCCUUCCACAUACCAUCAGAUGGUAAGCUUUCUCACCGAGGACGGAAAAAUCGAUCUAUAUGGCAGCCAGCUGGCCGCUCGCCAGUGCUAUCAAAUAGCGCGAGAAGUCGGAUCCAGCAAAGAUGGCUAG